UAUAACUUAUAAGUAAAAUCACAGUUUUUUUUUUUUCUGUUAAAUUAAAGAAAGAAAAAGAAAUUCAUAAACUUAUUAAUUUUGUGCGUUUGAAAUUGCAGAGUUGUUUUGCGGAUUGACAACAGAAAUGGGUCGAUUUCAUAUACAAAAAAGGUUUAUUAUGUUGUUGGUUUUGUUGUUACAAAGUUCAUCAACAUGGGGUUGGUUCUUUUCUAGUACUAAUAAUAACAAGAAUGAUUGUAAACAAGAGCAACAAACUAAUUCAGGCAAAUACUCUGCAAAAAAUCAAAUGGUUAAGUUGAUGUCUGAAUUUUCCAUGGAUGCUUUUGAGAAUCAAAAGGGAGUUAAACUCGUCGAAAACGCGAAACAAAAGAUGUUAGUCCCUAAUUCUUGUUGGCAGAGAAGUUAUCAGAGUUUAUUUAGUGUGUGUUCAAAGGCUCUUCCUGAUGAAGAAUUAAGGUCUAGGCUUUCUUGGAAUUUAUGUGAUUGUUUUCAGCAGCAUACUGGAAGGUCACCUUUGCCUUAUUGUGAUGCAAAAUCACCAAUGACUAAUUGUCUCAAGAAAUUGGAUAGUGAUGUUUUGACAAUUUAUUUGGAGUUCUAUCUUGAAACCCCUGCCAUUUGCCAUCAAUUGCAGAGAGAAGCAUGGAAGCAUGUAACAGAGAGGUUGGUAAAUAGUUUGAAGGAUUCUGCUGAAUUUGCUGACGAGAAAAUAGAGAACAUACUACAACAAGGGGAUUUGCUAUUGGAAAACUCGAAGCAUGUUCAAGAAUCAUUAGGCUCGAUUGAUGUACGAACUCAACAAGUAGUGGAGACUUCCAAGAACAUUGAAGGUCGGGUGAAUGCUGUGUUGAGUCAGUCGGAAGUAAUUUUGGAGCAAUCUAAAGAGAUAGCAUCUUCCCAAUUAGAGUUGAACAAAGGCCAGGAGAAAAUGAAGGAGACUUUGCACGAAAACAUGGCGAUAGUUCAUGAAUCUUACACUAAUUUAGACCAUGGAAUCAAUGAUUUGAGGACUAAAACGGAGGGCAUUGAGGUUGAGAUUGUGCAAGUUGGGGAUGAAAUGAGUUCUAGGAUGGAUAAAUUGCAAAUUAAAGCCAAUGAUAUUGGAAAUAUUGCUGGCCAAGCUUUGGAUAAACAGAAACAACUUUUGGAUAGACAAUCUAAAACUCUUGAUGGCCUUCAAGAGUUAAGUGAAGUUCAGUCUCAAGCACUUGAAGAGAGCAGGAGAACUUUGAAAGAAAUGGCUCAAUUUGGGCACGAGCAACAAGAGGAGCUUCUUACAAGGCAAAAACAGCUACAGCAAACUCAUGAUCAUCUAGUUGAGAAAUCAAAAUCAAUAUUAGCAGCACAGGAAACUUUUGAGGCCAAACAAGCAAGCAUGUUUCUUGUCUUAGACAAGUUGUUCACCUUGCACAAUGCCAUGCUUCUUGAAUCAAGAGCGAUCAAGGCUUUCUUGCUUUACUCAGUGUCCAUAUUUCUUCUCUACAUGUUUACCAGCACAAAACAGACGUAUGAUGUGAGACCUAGGCUUUACAUAGGAUUAGUGCUCACAUUCUUGAUUGAACUGGCCAUACUUCGAUACGCAACAUAUGAAAUGGAGGAUCAGGCAUGGAUUGUGAGCAUAGUUAGGUCACUAUUUGUACUACUAGCCUCAUGCCAACUUCUGUAUUCCAUUUGGACUUACAGAGAUUAUGAAGUGCUGAACCAUAUGAUGUUACAAACACUAGUGGAGAAAGUUAAUGGAAUUCAAAAACACAAGGAGUACUUGUCGUGGGAAAUGGAGAACGAGGAUUCGGACAGUGAAGUGGAUUGGUCUUCAUGGAUUGAAGCUGAAUUGCCAGAAGAUGUUGACAAAUUAAAGGAUCCUGACUUUGUAUUUCCUGAAGAAGUUGCUGAGAAUUCAGUAAGGAGAUACAACCUUAGGAAUCACCUUUUGACAUAUUGAAGUUCUUGUAAUAUACCAUUUUCUUCGGGGGUGGAUCUAUUCAUUGUCGUGGCGGUGGCCCGCCACCUGCAAAUUUCGAUGAAAACUCUAUGUAUAUAGGUAUAUAUAUAUAUAUAUAUAUAUAUAUACUGAUAAAGUCAAAUAUUAAAUCUGCCACUCAUAAUACCAAAACACUAUCUAGUGCAAGUGGCAAAGCAUCACUUUUAUUGCCCAUAUGUUGUAUGCUCGAAUUCAGUUUGCAGCAUCUAUUUUCUUAAUAUCAAUAUAGUCAAAUACUCCCUC